GGGGGGGGGGGGGGCUGACCAUGCAAAAAAUCACAAUCGUAUGGUCAUUUUUACGUUUUGGUACAUAGUUUUGAAAAAAAAAGUGUGGGGGGGGGGGGCUUCAGCCCCCCUUAGCUUGCUUCCGCGGCCCCUGUAUGUACUGUAGGACUUUCUAUGUAAUUAUCUUUUGAACGCUACAAUGUAUCAAUACAACUUUCGAUGAUUUAUGUGAUUAUAAUUUAAUUGCCAAAGUGACUUCAAACUACCGGUAUUUACCAAAGACGGUGACUUUCCCAUUUCUUCUGAAAAUUUAAUCAAAAUCGGAUGUAAAAUAAGAAAGUUAUGACAUUUUGAAAUUUCGCUAAUUUUUUUUUCACAGAAUAGUUAUAUGCACCACUCAGUGACAUGCAAAUGAGAUAGUUGAUGAUGUCCCUCACUCACUAUUUCUUUUGUUUUUUUAUUGUUAGAAUUUUUACAAAUUUGACCGUAAGGACCAACUUGACUGAACCACAAAAUGUUUAAACAAUGGUAAUUCCACAUAUUCAAAGAGGAAUAAAACUCUCUUCACAUGACAAUAAGGAGAAAAUUAGAAUGUUUCAUAUAACAUUUAAUAAAAUAGAAAUAAGUGGAUGAUGUCAUCAGUUGCCUCAUUUGCAUACCGACCAGGAAGUGAUAUAACUGUUUUGUGAAAUUAAGCGAAAUUUUAAAAUGUCAUAACUUUUUUGUUUCGCACCCGAUUUUGAUGAGAUUUUCAGUGUUAUUCUUUUUUAAUUUUUCUCUUUUUAUUCAAAUCAACUUUUUGUUGAGGUGUACUUGGCAAUGGCAGAUUUAUGCGUUCUGUCUUAUUGUAAAGACUACAUCCGCGUUGCUUGACUAGAGUAUGAUUAUAAUAAUAAGUUAUUUAUGAACGAAUUUUGAAUAUGAUUAUAACUUUGAUCAUAAACAACCUAAACAUAAACUGGCGUGAAUUAGGGGGGAUGUUCUAUCUGGCAAACUUGGGGAAGAGGGGGUACUUCAUACAAAUACCAUGAACAAAGGCCCACCCCAUGCAUGCUUCAAGGAAUAUACAUGUAUACUAAGUUUAUCAAAUCAAUGAAGUCAAAUUAUAGGGGGACCAAUAUUUCAUUAUAAUAACCAUCUAAAGCAUUUCAAAUGCAAUGAAGCUUUAACAAUGAAAUGUUGCUUCAUCUCUGAAUAUAUACCAUUUUAAUGACUAUUAAAAAUCUUUCGUUUCUGUAAUCGAGAUAGAAACAAACAAUUCGAUGCCUCUCUAUUAAUUAUAGAAUUCUUGGAGAAUUACUGGGCCCUAGGAGAUAUUUGCUGAUCAUCUUAUGAGGUUAUAUUGAAAACAAGUAUCAUGAUUAAAUCCUCUUUUGAUAAUUAAUCUAGUGUAUGGUGGGAAUUUGAUGAACGGGAAGGUAUAAAAAGAAUGAAAAGGGACGUUACAAGAUUCUUUAGGUUUUGUGAAUCGGGGCGAUAGAUUCUAAAAGAUGAAGAUUUUUAUUCUUCUUGCUCUGGCUACUGCUGCUGCAGCCGUGCGAUAUGAUGGAUAUCAGGCACUUCGUGUGGAGCCAAGGGAUGAACUACAGCUUGACUUUCUUAACAACCUGAAAAAUGAACUUGAAGGAAGGAUAUCAUUCUGGUCUCAACCCCGAACCAUCAAGCGGCCAACCGACAUCCUUGUCCAACCUCGCUUCCAAGAUGACAUCAAGGAAUUGUUGGAUGCUAAACAAAUCAAAUAUUCUGUCAUGAUCGACGAUGUCCAGUCCGUCAUCGACUCACAGUUCCGCUCUGAAGAUGAAGUCGAGAUCAGUGCGGAUUUCAUCUACAGCCUCUAUCACACAUAUGCCGAGAUCCAAGCUUGGGUUUUUGAUAUUGCAGAUGAAUACAGCUCUAUUGCUCAGCAAUUCCAGAUCGCAACAUCUUACCAUGGUCGUGCUAUCAACGCUCUGAAGAUCAGUACAGGAGGCGGUGGUACAAAGAAAGCAGUCUACUGGCAAGGAGGCAUCCACGCACGUGAGUGGAUCUCACCAGCUACAGUCAUGUUUAUAACCAAGUCUCUUCUGGAGAGGUACGGCGUGGAUAACGAUGUGACAGAAAUCCUAGAUACUUUCGAUUUUUACAUUGUACCCUCACUCAACGUCGAUGGCUAUUAUCAUUCUUGGAACUUUGACCGAUUGUGGAGGAAGACUCGAUCGGUUAACAGGGGCAAUGGAUGCCGAGGUGUUGAUCCUAACAGGAACUAUGAAUAUGAAUGGGGAGGUGAGGGUGCAAACCCCAAUCCCUGCACAGAAACCUACCCAGGACCGAACGCAUUCUCUGAACGCGAGAUAGCCGACACAACAUCUUUCCUUCUCAACGCCAACCAGGAGUUCGUUUGCUUCAUCGACUUCCACAGUUACUCUCAGCUCUGGCUUGCUCCCUGGUCGUACACGGCCAGGACACGCCUCCCAGAGGACGUGGAGGAUCACUUUGACGCUGGAAUGAAGGCUAUCACCGCCUUAGAGAGUGUGUACAAUACAGACUACCUCUAUGGACCCUCCGCCUUGACCCUCUACGCCGCCUCAGGAUGCAGUGUGGAUUGGGGUUACGCCAAACUGGGAGCCAAGUACUCGUAUGUGGUAGAGCUGAGAGAUAUGGGAUCAUACGGGUUUCUCCUUCCCUCUGAUCAGAUCAUCCCAACCGGAGAGGAGACACUUGAAGGAGUCCUGGCACUCUGUAAACACAUGGUGGAAGAAUACAAGUAGAUAGAAUUUAUAGUUACAGGAAUGGAAUCCCAAUCUAAAGGGAAUAAAAUGAUCGCAUAAUCACUCUUUCACGAGUAAACAAAGUCUUGAAAAGUGAGAGAACUAAUCCAUUUCUUUUUUUUUUCACAGAACACUAUUCCAAGCAAUAAAAGAAUGAUAGAAGAAUACUAGAACAUCAUGUUCACGCUCUUAAAAAAAAACCAAAUCACUCUUUGACGAGUAAAUAUUCAUUGAAAACUAAAACUUUACACUGUAUUAUUUUGUAGCAUUGCAAGAUGAGACACUGUGAAUGUUUGUAUUUCAGAAAUCGUUUUUUAAUGAUAAUCUACCAGGGAGCUCAUGUUCCAAUUCUAAAUUCCUAUCUUGGAAUAGAGUAUCAAAGCCAAGUCAGAGGGAAACUAUCCUAUUGCUAAGGCAAGCGGCAGACCUCGGGGCCGAGUGGGACCUUGGAAUCUUAGACGCCCGUAUUUUAUUGACAUUUUGGUAGCUAUUAAUACUGUGGUGGCGAACUUUUACCUAAGAAGAAAAUAUGAUUCUAGACGUAGUCAGAAAGUUGGUUUACACUGAUUUUUCUAAAGAGCCCAAGUAUCGUCCGACACAAUAACGCAAUUUAUCGUCAAUGUGACACUCAUCCAACUAUAUUUUCCCUUUUUGUGCGCCUCGGAGGAAGAUUAUUUUAAAUAAAAGUUGUUUCAUGCUUCUGCUUAUCAUCAUAGUUUGAGAGUAGUUAUCAUUAUUUUAUUUCACUUGUUAUUAUCAAUAUUAAUAAUAUUAUCGAUAUCAUUAUCGUCA